UUAUUUGUUUCUAAAAUGUUCAACACAAUAGUAACACAUGUGGUGAGUUUGACGUGUCUGACGGGCUUUGGAUACUUCACUUAUUACAGCUGUCUCGGAUGUGUGUUUAAAAUCCUUGCAUCUAUUUGCUGUUUUGUGUAUAUUUCUUAUUUGUUGGCCAGUAUCACGGACAAUGCUUUGCCGAGGUUCAGGGUCAAAUCAAAAAACAAAGCUGUCUUCAUCACAGGUUGUGACACCGGUUUCGGUCAAAUGCUGGCCCGUCGGCUGGAUAGCAUCGGUUUUAAAGUGUUCGCCGGAUGUCUAGACCCUGAUGGAGCAGGAGCACGGGCCCUGAAGGACACCACGACUCACCACCUGCGGAUAGUUCGCUUGAAUGUGACACAGGAUGACAGCGUUCGGGAAGCACUCGAAACUGUGAAGAAGGAAAUGGGCGAUUGUUCAUUGUGGGCACUGGUCAACAACGCUGGGAUUAUUGAACGAGGAGAACUGGAAUGGACGCCUUUGGAAGUGUACAAAAAGCAAUUCGAAGUCAACACAUUUGGAGUGGUCAGAGUUACGCAAGCAUUCUUACCUCUGUUACGAAGGUCUAAAGGAAGAGUCGUGACAACAACAAGUGUAGGAGGUAUCUACAAUUUUUCGGGAUUCGGUGCUUAUUGCAUGAGUAAACACGCGACGGCUUCCUUUUGUGAUGUUCUCCGGCUGGAGAUGGCGAAAUUUGGGAUUAAAGUUGUCACAAUAGAGCCAUUCUCUUAUCAAACAUCAAUGACCGAAAUGUCUACAGUGCUUCAAAGUGUCCGGAACACGUGGUCCAGUUCACUAGCAGUCAGAAACGAUCCUGAAGUCUACGACUCUGAGUAUUUGCGCGCUUUCUCAGACUCGGUUCGAAAGUUCAACGAAAAGACAGCUCUGCCAAACACAUCGGAAGUCGUAGAUCGGCUUGUAGAAGGGGUGUGCGCUAUCAGCCCUCACUACUCCUACGUGGUUGGCGAUCUCAUGUCUCUACUCAAUCUAUGGUUGUCCAGAAGAGUGCCCAAGACGGUCGCUGAUUUCUUCGUAAGAAAGAAUGUUACGUUCGAUUGCGAUAUACAGUUGCAUUUACAACAAAAAGAGCUUCAAAAGAAAAGGGCUUAAAUACUUUUGUUUCUUUUGAGAAAAAGUAUUUGUACACAUUGUAAAUAAAUCUUUCAACCACUUCUUUACUUUUGUACUUCAUAAAAU